AUGUCCGCUGUCAUGACGACGCCCUCCAAGGGUCCCAAGCCCCAACACCGUCACACCAAGAGUGAAACGCCCGCCCGGUCUAUCUCCAACCCCGCCGACUCAUACUCAACGCCGGCGAGAUCAAACCAGCGUCGUCAGGGCAGGAAUCGCAACAACCUCGACAACAGCCAGCAGCACCUUUCGCACCCUAACCCGAGUGCCUCGGACACUGCCUUGCUCCAAGGCUACGUCAGCGCCGGCCACAACGACCAGAGCAACAGGAGGAAGCCGAACCGCUACGAUGGCUCCGUCUCCGACAGCCCUGCCUCUGCAAUGAACAACAAGAACCGCCGUGGCCGUCGCGACCGACAGUCCACCCCCGCCCAAGGUGGUUCCCCGCCCAAACACAACGGCAUGCUGGCCGUCGGGACUCCUGCCAAAGACAGCGCUUAUGCCGGCCCCGCAUUCCAUGCUUCUCCGGCCGCUUCGUCGCUGCCAAUGCCCAAGUUCUUCUCCAAGUCCGUGCCUGCGAACAACGCCCCGGCAACGAUGCAAACUCGCUUGGACCAGGAAUCGGACAGCAGUGGCACUAGCGAGAAGAGUGACUCUCCGCCGCUUGUUGGAGCCACCCCUGUCAACCAAGUUCUUGCACGCCCGCAAGCCGAGCAGUCUCCAUUGGAUCUCUUCUUCAAGGCAGACCGCGAAGAGAAGGCGAGGAAGGCCAGCCUCUUGGGCACUGCUACCCCUCCCGGCAUGAGCCACGCACCGGCCAAUGCGCCCAACCACAUGAGGCAUGUUUCUAACAACAACGGACGCGGCAUGUUCAACAUGGAUAUGGAUAACGGCUUUGUGGCCACGCCGAAGCCCCCUUCCCCUUCGCCGCCUCACCGCAUGUCUGCUGCCAGAUCGACGUCGGCGCCAUCGGACGUUCCUCGGGCCGCUCAAGAGUCCGAGUCCUACCCCCAGGCUCUAAAGGAUCUGUUUUCUUCGUCCAAGAAACCUGUUGCUCAGUCGCCUUUGGCAAAUGGAUUUGCGGCAACUCCUACCCAGAAUGGCCAGGAAUUCCACACUCCGUCUCCUUUCUACCGCCCAAGUCCCGGGCCCAGGCAGGUUUCUGGCGGUCCCCGUACUCCUGCUGGCCAGAUCAACUUGGAGGCCAAUCCUUAUUAUUAUGGUAAUCGCAACCUCUCUCCUCUGUUCCAGGCAGCCAAAGGCGAUUCUGCCAAGCGUUCUUCGUCCCUUCGUCAGGAGCUGGACUCUUCUCCGUCGACCCAGAACCGCGCGGAGCUUCCGGCCACGCACUCGGCCCCGCUUCCUACUACGCCUUCUCGCCCUAUGUCCGGAAAGCCCGACACUUCUGCUUUCUCGCGCGAUUUCCUGAACGCCCACAUCCAGCAGGCUGGCGUACAGGACUCUCUUGCGGCGCCAUACACCCAUCACCCUGGCUUGAGGUCGCCUUUCACUCACACGGCGUCAUCAGACACACCCCGCGACCCAUCCCCUGCCGUCGACACGAAGCUUAUGGAGAAUGAUUUGAAGCGCCUUCUCAAGCUUCAGCUUGUAGAUACGUAA